AUGUGCAACAAGAGGUGCAAGGAGCGGUCGCGCGAGCUAAGCGAAGAGAAUCCAUUUGCUGAUGUUGAUGCGGCGUGGCUGGCUAUGUCCGAUGACCAAAUGUUCGAGGCUGUCCGGUCCGACGAUAAGGAUCAUUUCACCUAUGAGGAGUUCUUGAAGCAGUCGGUUUGGGAGGAUAGUUCGGAUGUGAGGGAGUUAUUUGAUAGGUUUGAUCGGAAUAAGGAUGGUGUUAUCACCGUGGAUGAGAUGAGGGAGCCGGAGGAGGAGGGGAAUCCGAAUCAGAGCGAGAAUCCGGCCCAGAGGCCGGUUUCGACGGCAACGGUGACGGCUGAAAGGCGGGACGAACUUUAG